GAGCAGGUCGUAAAACGGAGUGGCUCCUCUGGAUCAGGAUAAGCGUUUAAGCGGGUUUGAUUACCUGAAGACUUUCUAGCUUUGCCAGCUCUUGGAGACGGCGAUAAGGAAUUCUCUCGUCUGGCAGAAAGGUUCGCCAGCGUGACUCAGAAAAAGUCGGGAGGUUCAAACUCGAAGAUUUCCCCCGGACUGAACUCAACGCGGCAGCUGAUAAAACGUUGCGGCAGAUUUGACGCCACAUCGCACCGUCGUCGGUCGCCUGGGAAAUUACUACCUUUCGGGUAUCGGAAUGAUGUGUCGUGUUCUGUGCUGUGACGAGUACUUGUGAUGUUGGUAUUGCAGGGGGUGUAAAUUGGCAAUCAAGUGCGAACCUUUUAUUUUUCAAUACGGAAGAUGGUGGCUUAUUAAAGCGGGCCCUAUAUAUUGGCAAGGAUUCAGUUGUUCUCGAGCGAUACGGGUGACAACAUCGAGAGACAUCGAUCGAAAUUAGGAAAUUCACCUGCCUACCUACCCAGGAACGGAACUGUGAUAGUGAUGAGGAGUUUAGUGUUUAGUUUUGUGGCCACCGCAGCAGCGUUGGUGGCGCUAGCCAGUGGAAAUCCCCUUUUCUAUGAUAGCAAACCCACGGCAGUGGUCAGUAAGGUGGAUUUUACUGACUCAACUAUCGACCAUGACCGAAUCAGCCCGCUGGUUGAUAUAGACGCCGCAGAAGAACCGACCUCGGAUGAUGGAGCUGAUCCGGCAGAAAAUGAAAUCGAUGUUACUGACAAGGAUGCGCCUGUCACAACAGCUUCAUCGAGCAGUUCGAUGACAACCGCUUCUUCGAGGACCACAGCCAGAAACGGAGAAGCUGAAGAGAGCAGUAAUUUGGAGGCGGAAAAGUCUGACGGAGAAGGAACGACGACAGUUGCGGCUGAAACUGGUGUCGAUAGCCCGGCAACAACGGAAGUCGUCUCCACGGAGAGUACUGAUGAAAAUUCGAACUCUCAAGAAACGACAACUGCGGAUGCUUCAGAAAGUGUAUCGGCAGUCACUGAAGACAGUUCAACCACUUCAGUAUCUACGACUGCUGACCCUGAAGAAAGCUCAACUCCUUCAGAAACUACGACAGCCGACUCCUCGGAAAGCUCAACGGCGCUUACAGAGGAAAACUCAGCUCCUUCAGAACCUACUACCGUUGACCCUGUAGAAAGUUCAACAGUGACAGAAGUAAAUUCACCUCCUUCAGAAACUACGACAGCCGACCAUGCAGAAAAUUUUACAGAGGUUACGGAGGAAAAUUCAACAACUGCUACAGAAGAGAACUCAACACCUGCAGAAACUACGACAGCUGACCCUUCGGACAAUUUAACGACAGUUACAGAGGAAAACACAACAUCUGUAACAGAGGAAAGUUUAACCCCUUCAGAAACUACGACAGCUGACCCUGCAGAAAACCCCACACCAGUUACAGAGGAAAACUCAACAACUGUCACAGAUGAGAGCUCAACCCCUUCGGAAACAACGACAGCUGACCCUGCAGAAAACCCCACACCAGUUACAGAGGAAAACUCAACAACUGUCACAGAUGAGAGCUCAACCCCUUCGGAAACAACGACAGCUGACCCUUCGGAAAAUUUAACAGAUGUUACAGAAGAAAAUUCAACAACUCUCACAGAAGAAAGUUCAACCCCUUUAGAAACUACGACAGCAGAUCCUGCAGAAAGUUCAACAGUGACAGAGGAGGAUUUAACAACUGCCACAGAUGAGAACUCAACUCCUUCAGAAACUACGACAGCUGAUCCUGAAGAAAGUUCCACGACAGUUACGGAGGAAAGUUCAACAGUGACAGAAGAAAGUUCUUCAACAGUCACAGAGGAGACCUCAACCCCUUCAGAAACUUCGACCGCUGAUCCUGAAGAAUGUUCGACAGUGACAGAGGAAAGUUCUACAACAGUAACAGAGGAGACCUCAACCACUUCAGAAACUACGACCGCAGAUCCUGAAGAAAGUUCAACAGUGACAGAGGACAGUUAUACGACAGUUACAGAGGAAAGUUCAACAGUGACAGAGGAAAUCUCAUCAACGGUCACGGAGGAAACCUCCACCACGGAAGUAACAACGAGUGAGGUAAUUUCAACUACAACGGGAACAGUGACCGUUACUGAAGGUGUAACAACGACGACCACGGAGGCAACAACAACAACAACUGAAGCGAUUAGUACGACCACGAUGGCCGUCGAAACGACAACUGCAACCGCUUCCGUUAGCUUUGCGGUCAGUUUGGCGUGUUUCCUGUUAACUGCAUUAGUGCUUGUGCGCUAAAUUUAUUGUUGAUGUCGCCCUGAAGAAGUCAAGCGGAUGCGUUUAACACGUCGUCCUACAAGCCAAAGGUCUGCUGCAAGCCGUCUAGCUGCAGGUGGUUAUAAACUCGUCGUAUCUAAUCGGCAAGGAUUAGGGAUUGCGCACUUGAAUAAACCAAAAUCCGUGAUGGUUGAUUGUUGAGAGCAGGAUGAGAGAUUAUUUAUAAACGGUUGCCAAUUGAGUGUGAAUAAUAACAGCAAAAAGAGAGAGUCGUUUAAGUUUAGUCUAGUUGUAAAGUUUAGCUAGGUGAUUGAGCAGUUCAAUAAAUUGUUGAAUAUGAAA